CAUUGUAGCGAAUGUUUAGAAAAAGCAGUUUUUGAGAAAGAUCUCCACAACUGAUCUGAUGAUGAAGUUUGAAAGAAAUUAAUAUAUUUUUUUAAAUAGUACUAAGCCACCUGAACUCGAUGGCUUCAAAGUUGCGGACAGUGCUGCUUCAGUUCAUUACACGUUUGAAACCUCCUCGGAAUAAUUGGAAUUAACUUCAGAAUGUACAAAAAUAGUGUUUCAUUAUAAGAUAUUGCUGAAGCAACUUUUGGUAUGACGUGUGAAAUGAUGGGGCAAAAGUGCUAUGUGUCGCUCAAAAUGCACCGGCAGUUGUACAAAGAACAUCUCAGUCUGCAAAAAUCAUUCUGUGCGCUUUAUCGACAUAUGUCACAAGAAAAUAAUUCCAAGAAUGCCUUGAAUUGGAUUCAAGAGAAAAACAGAUUGGAAGCAACCGUAAAACAUUUCAAAGCUAAGGCUUUACAGCUUCAAAGAAAAUUGGAAGAUACAAAUGAACGUUGUGAACUUCUUGAAUUUUGUCUCCUUGAAUUGGAAAAUCAAGCAAAGGUUUGUGUCAGAGAAGACCUCGCUGAUAAAUCUGUGAGUACAGAAGACCAAGACAGUGAAACAUGGGAAAGAAACAUCCUCAACAAUUGUCACGAUUGCAAUCAUUCCUCCCAGAAAAUCAUGAAUUCUGAUGUAGCCGAAUAUUAUGUGAAAGAAGCUCUAGUAAAAGCCGAAAUGGAGUCUGAAAAUUACCGUACAGAACUGCAAGAAACACAGAAAAAGCUUUCAAACUUGACAGAGCAGCUGGAUAAUGUUUUGAAAUAUAACUGCAAACUCGGUGUUGGAAUGGAUUAUGUCAUUGCAACUGUUAAUGAAUUGCAAUCAUUAAUGGAAUGGACUGCAGAGAAAAAGGAAAUGAAAACAGACAGCAAUGUGAUACUACAGAAACUUCAACAGCUGGAGAGAAUACAAAAGGAUUUGGAAAAGACAGCUACUGAGUCAGAACUGAUUCGUUCACGCGCCCAACAAGAACGUGCUUUGUCAGUGUCAGAAGAAGAAACAACACAAGAUAAUGAACAUGAAGACAUACCUGAAAAUGUCGAGACAAUGGAAAUGUGUGAUACAAGCGUACAAGAAGAUCAAAUGGCCAUUUUAGAUGAUUGUGUGAAGAAAAUUGAAUCUCUUAGUUCAGCUAAAAGUGUGAAACUUUUGGACCCUAAAAGUGAUGACGCGAAAAACGUUUUAUUAAUAGAUCUGCAUACACCAGAGCCUGUUGAAGUUAAACCUGAAAGCACUUCUACUGUUGAGGCGACAUGUUCAAAAAGAAAAAGCACUAGUGAGGAUUCUAAUGACUCUUUGGGACCAAAUAUUAGUGAAGAUGAAGGUUUGGGAGAUGAAAGUCGUCGUGGAGAUUCUACCGGUCCAAGUAGCUUUAUAGAAAUACAAGAUACAUUAUCUGAAAUUGCAAGAUUGAGUACAGAUGUGCCCAGUCCAUCCAGUAAUGAAAUAAUUAUAACAGAUCCUGAAGGCCAUGACAAACCCAAAGUAUGGCCAACGGAUUUGAAAGGGCAGACAGACUCGCUAGACAUUUGUUUAUGUGCCAUAGGAAAUUUACGCGAAAGUUUAAGAGCUAAAGAGAAUGAACUCUUGAAGUUAUCUGCAAUACAAAAUGACCAAAAGCAAAUUGCUGCGCUACAGGACGUAAUAAUAAAUCUUCAUAAAGAGUCUGCAAAUUUAAAAUCCGAAUUAGAUAAAACUAAGAAAGAAAAUUCAAAUUUGAAAGAACAGGUUCUAGAGUUGGAAGAAGCUGAAAAUGAUGCGAGACUUCAAGCUCAGAAGCUUGGAGAAAAGCUUGUUUUUUUACAGGAAAAAGAUACCCAUUUUCAAGCAAAGCUUUGUGAAACAAAGCAAGCUUUGGAAAAAUGUCUUCAAGAGUUGACUUUCAAAGAAUCAGAAGAAAGAGAAUUACGAUCUCAGUUAAAAUACAUGGAAGAACUGGUGCAUAAAUAUGAGGAUCAGAUUCGAACGAUGGAAAUAGUAGAGCUUGCUCUUCGUAAAAAACUUAUCGAAGAAGAGGAUGAACUACAGGCAGCUGAACGGUCCAUUGCUCAAUGUAAAUCACCGACAUUUGAAAGGGGAACACAAAUGUAUGAUGCACCAUCGAUUAACAGCAAUUUUCAUGAAAUCGUGAGGUCCCCUAGUAAGAGUAGGCUUCAUGUUAGUGCAGAGAAUAAAACUGAAAACGAAAUCCUUUCUACCCAUGCAAAUACGAAGAAAAACGUUGAUAUUUGUGUUCAAGUUCCAGAUGUUCAAAAACUAUUUUCAGACUGUUCUAUUCAAACUGAGGCUACUAUUUUUGACACAUUAGCAACGCAGAUAGUUUGUGAGAAAACAAAUGAACUCAUUGAGCAAAAUGUGAAAACAGCUGCUUCACCAAGUGGAAGAUCCGAAGAAAGUAACCAGUCAACUACAAUGAAGACACCAACUGACUGUCCGAUUCAAAAUGAGCUACUUAAACGCCUUCAUCAACUGGUGGAAGAAGACGCACAUCUACAACAGCAGCUUCAUUACGUAGAUCAAAUUAAUCUCACUCUAUGGAAAAAACUCCACAACUUAGAAUUCCACAUAGGGGAAUGCAAGAAGAAAAACAUGUCUGAAGAUGGUGCUAGUGAUAGUUGUAUUGAUUCUGAAUGUGACUUUAUGAGUAGCCGACCAGUUUCUCGGGAACAGAUGAGUGAGGAGAGCACCACCCCUACCAAAUGUGCAAGUCCCUGUUCAAACAGGGGAAUCAUUGCGUGCCUAGAUCAAAGUGAACAAGAAAUUAAAGAACGGCUUUCCAAACUCGAACAGAUCAAUGCAGCUUUCGAGAAAGAGUUAGAACUGCGUGAAAAAUUAUACACUGAAAAAGAAAAGAAGUACGGUGAAUGGGUACAAACCGAACAGCGUUUUAUAGGUGACCUGAAGAGACUUUCUGAUGAAAGAGAUUCUCUGAAAAUUCAAGUUGAAAAAUUACAGAAGGAAAAAGAAGAGCUUUCAGCAAGAGUUCUGGAACUUCAAUCGGAGAUGGACAAAGCCCAAGAAAGGCAUCGCUUAGAAACUGCCCAAAUCAAACAAGAGCAACAAGAAACAAUAUCACAGUUACAGCAGAAGGUAGAUCAAUUACUUGCCAAGGAAAAGGAACAUCUGAAACAAAUCACGAAUCUCAAGUUAGAAAGAAGUAAAAAUAGUGACAAAUCCGAGUCCGAUAAAUUAAAAUCAAGCUACGUUGAGCUUCAACUUGAGCUUAGUCGCACAAGGGACGUAAUGAGAAAAAAAGAAGAGGAAUUUAGGAUUCGUUUGGAUGAAGCAAGAAGUAAACAUUGUAUGGAAGAAGCAAGACUUGUUUCUGAGUUGGAAAUGCUCCGAAAUAAAAAUUCAAACUAUGACGAAAUGAUAAACAAUUUUCAAUUGAGACAAAAUGAAUUAAUGGAUAUUGUUAAACAAAAAGAAGAGGCCCUCGAACAGGCUAGAGAAGAAUAUAAGAAAAACAUGGAAAUUACAGAAGAGGAACACCGUGCAAUAGAAGCUGAACUGAAAAGCCAGCUUCGUCAAAUGGAAGAGGAAACAUCAGUGGCAACAAGAGCACUUACAGAAGAGAGAGUUCGUCUUGAAAAGGAGCUUCAAGAAAAUAUUGAUGACCUCAGAUGUAAGGAAGAAAUAUAUAAGGCAAGAAUCAGUGAAUUGGAGAACAAUGUUACUCACUUGCACGAAGAGCUUCACAGGAUAACAGGGGAUCUGGAUUCUGGGUUUGGAUCGGACAUCGGUAAUGAUGGUAUUAGCAACUUCAGACGAGAAAAACUACUCAAUCAACUUAGGGAACUGAGGGAUCGGGAAGCAGAACUCCGUGAAAAGCUGGAUGAAAUGGAACAAAAGGAAGCAGCUUACAGAGAAACUUUGGAACAUGCUGACAGGAUUGUAGCUUCCGUGGAGCAGGGUUACAAGAACAAAAUUGAAGAGCUAGAAAUAUCCGAAAGAAAUCUAAAGCAACGAGUAGGACACUUAGAAGAAGUUGAAAGUCGACUUCGAGGUGCCUUACACAAAGAAAGACGGAGUUCAGAUGGCAGAAAACCUGACGAUCUUGUGGUGGAAUUAUUAGAAGCUGAGGCAAGAGAAAACGGACUCAAGGAAAAGGUGGAAGCUUUGGAACAGAUGCAAAGGAAUUCCACGAAUAAAGUUAAAGAUCUAGAAAAGAUUCGGGAGAAGCUCGAAUCUGAGCUUAGCGACAAAGAAGAACUGGCAUCCAAUUUGAAAAAGACACAACAAGAGCUUGAAACUGCUCGCAAAUCCUUAACAAAAUUAAAAAAGUCCGAGAACGAUUUGAGAAAUUCACUGCAGCAGACUGAAAAUAUUCUAGCUACCACAGAAAGCCAGAUGAAGAAUAAGAUUCGUACUAUCGAAGAAGAAAAGAAAGCUCUCGAAGAAACAAUAGACGAACUGAGAGCACAGGUGCGAGAUCUGAAACGGAAGCUGGAAAAACUCUCUUAUGAACAGGAAGAAAAAAGGAUUUCGGCGACGAUUCCUAAUCAAACAGUUGCUCGUACUGAAGUUCCUACUACUUCUGACGCAGAUGAACCUGACUAUGUAGAUGUCGACGAAUGCUUCCCCGAACCACAAGUAGUUGCCAAACCUUGUUCGAUGCCUGGAAUAAACAAUCAAAAUAAAGCACUGUCCAUGAAUUCUUCAAAUUUAUCACGUGCCCACGAGAGUCCUAAAACGACACAAAUCAUUAAAGAUAACACGACAGCACAGUCGUCCAUUCCAAAUUCUGUUGAUAGUUAUGACAGUGCUCGACAGAACUUAGAGGACUGCAUGCUAAGAGCUAUGGCUGCUAUGAAAAAUGAGAUGGAGAAAAAGAAAUUAAACAGAGAAUUAAAUGCUAAUCGCAUGAAACAGCUUCUGUCCAAUUCUUCUGAUACACCAAGUGUUUCUCAGAAGGUUUCAGUCGAGCAGCCUGAAGAUGACGAAAAUGAUUAUGAUGAGGUUUUGCCACGCCCCACAAAUCUUCGUGUAGUGCAACAAGUGGGAUCAGAUACCCUUUUGAUUGGUUGGAAUUAUGUGAAUCCUUCUUUAUUAGAAGGUUUUGAGGUUUAUGUGGACGGCACAUUACACGAGACAGUAUACACACCCGAUCGGACGAAAGCUCUUAUAAGUGGUCUCAACCUCAAAAGACCACUUCGUUUAAGUAUUAGUGCUUUGUCUAAGUAUGGCCAAAUGUCAGAACCCACCGUUCUAGAUCUGCCUCCUCAGAAUGGAAAUAAUGGUUUCUAUUUACAUGUAAGAAUUUUUUCUUCACUACUAGUGUUCUUGAGACUUCUUCUCAAAUUGGAGUGCAUAUGAUAUGUUCAAUAUGGUGAUGAUGACGAUGAGGAUGGCAGUAUGUAUGAUGAUGAAUCCAUGUAUGGACAGAAGAGGCCUUACUCGAUGGAAUGGUGAAUCUCAGCAGAUGCUUUGCACACAUCAUCUAUAAAUUUUUUUUCAUAAAAGUGUUUGAACUCUUCAUGCCAUGCUGUGACUCCUCAAGCGUUGUUUGAAACUGAAUAAAUGUGAACUGUGAAUGAGAGAUACAUAUCGCGUCGUAGUUUUUUUUUUCCAUUGUAGAAAUGCUUCAGUAGUUUUUUAAAUAACAGUUACUAAAAUACACCUGUGAUUUUUGUCUUAAAAAUAAAAUCUUUUGAUGGUGUCUUUA